AUGGGAUAUAUCGGAUUAGGACCAGAGGGUUGUGAGGUUGGCGACAUCAUCUGCGUCUUACUUGGCUAUGACGCUCCAGUGCUGCUACGGCUACAGUCGAGAAACCCUCGAACCUUUGUCCUCAUCGGAGACGCAUUCGUCUACGGGCUGCACGACGCCACGGCACUGCUGGGCCCGGUACCCAGUCCAUGGCGAGUGCAGGUUUUUGAAGAUGACGCUGGAUAUUUAACAACAUACAGAUUUUUCAACCCACAGUCCAAUGUACUCUCGGACGAGGACCCAAGGUUCGGGCUCGUCGAGCAGUGGACGAGGAUUCCUAACCCUCCCAGGGCGCCGGAUGAUCCGGUCAUAUUGCAAUGCUUCAAACACAAACAAACAGGGGAGGUGAUUAAGCAUGAUCCCCGAUUGAGCCCGGAAGCUUUGAUCGCGCGCGGCUUGAGUGUCGAUAACUUUUGCCUUAUUUAA